AUGAGUGAACCUAUACCAAAAAGAUCAGAUUUUGAUUUUACAGGUAUAUUUCCCAAAUGUUAUGAAGGUUUCUCAUGGGAUUUAAUGAUAAAUAGAUUACAGUCUGAGACUCAGAAAUUUACAGCAUUGUGUAGUGAUUUUCUUAAUGCAGUAAAAACAUAUCCUUUCCAUUCCAAUGAAUUAAUACAAUAUUACCGAAUACUAAGUCUUUAUUUACAUCAUAUAGGAAAUAAAAUAAAUAAUGAAAAUGUAGAAAAAUGCUGUAAAUAUUUCUAUUACAAGUUAAAAAAAUUAUUACUGGAUCCUUAUAAGUGUAAUUGUGGGGGAACUGAUAAAUGUUAUGAAAAAAUGAAAAAACUAGAAAGAAAAAAUUUAGGAAUACAAAUAUCUGAUAUAUGCCGCAAUCAUUUUAUCGAUAUUGAUGCACAUACAUCAAAAAUAUUGGAACGUCUAGAUGAAAUAUAUAAUUUAAUUGAGCUUUUUAAAAAUCCUUUGCAUAGGGAGAAAAAUACAUUCAGAAGUAAACAAAUAAUAGAGAGCACAGAAAAAAUUAUAAGCGCAGAAAAAAACACAAGUAAAGAGACAACCGAAAGUACAGAAACAAAUGCACUGGUAGGAACUAGUGAAUACAUAGGAACGAGUACAGGAAUUGUUUUAUGUUUUUUGCAAUAA